UCGGGGCUCUGGGCUGGGGACAAGGCGGGCAUCGGGCACAGCACGGACUCGCUGGUGUUGCAGGUCGCUGCCAGCCUCGGUGGUUCUGUGAUUCCGUGGCCGUUCCAGGAGCGCUGCUCGCGGCCCGGGGCGGCUCCGGCGGCGGGCGGGGCGGGAGGCGGCGCGGCCGAGCGUGACGGGGAGGGCGGGAGCGAGCGGAGCCCGCAGCGAGCAGCGACCGGGCCGCCGCCGCCGCCUCCGCCUGCGCAGCGCCCGCACCGACCCCGCAGCGCCAUGGCGGCCGCGGCCGCCGAGCCCAGCACCGGCCGCUACCAGCAGCUGCAGAAUGAAGAGGAGCCGGGCGAGGCCGUGCCGGUGGUGAACGACGCCCCUCCGCCCUACAGCAGCAUUUCUGCAGAGAGCACAGCUUACUUUGACUACAAGGAUGAGUCGGGGUUCCCGAAGCCGCCGUCCUACAACGUGGCCACCACUCUGCCCAGCUACGACGAGGCCGAGAGGACCAAGGCUGAGGCCACCAUUCCCUUGGUUCCUGGCAGGGAUGAUGACUUUGUGACACGGGAUGACUUUGAUGACACUGACCAGCUGAGGAUAGGAAAUGAUGGCAUUUUCAUGCUGACUUUCUUCAUGGCAUUCCUCUUCAACUGGAUUGGAUUUUUCCUGUCUUUCUGUCUGACUACUUCAGCUGCAGGACGAUAUGGGGCCAUUUCUGGCUUUGGUCUGUCCCUUAUUAAGUGGAUCCUUAUUGUCAGGUUCUCCACCUAUUUUCCUGGUUACUUCGAUGGCCAGUACUGGCUUUGGUGGGUCUUCCUUGUGCUAGGUUUUCUGCUGUUUCUCAGAGGAUUUAUUAAUUAUGCAAAGGUUAGGAAGAUGCCAGAUACGUUUUCCACUCUUCCCAGAACCAGAGUUCUCUUUAUUUACUAAAGAUGUUUUCUGGCAAAUGUCUUCCUGCAUUAGUGAAAUCCCCCCCAAGAAGCAGCAGGACACCUGCAGGAAGUGAAUCAAGGCUCUGGAGCAGAAGAAAAAAUAAUCACCUGCUUUAAAAUAAAUAAAUAAAAGUACUGUUGGAAAAAGAAAAAAAAAAAGGAGAAGCAUUUCUUUCGAUUUGUUUUUAGGUGUAAAAUUUUAAUAAUUAACGCAGAAUUCUGUAAUUGUUGACUCAUUAGUGGCUAAUGUUUGAAGCAGCUCUUGCAGUGAGUCUGUGGUGUGCUGAUGGAGCCCUGCAGCCAGAGUUUGUGGUGUUUGGGCAGCAGGAGCCGUCCCGGGGCCAGCAGGGGCCAGGCUUGCUUUAGUUCCUCUCCAGCCUGGGAGCUGCCCGGGCUCUGCCUGUGCUGGGCUGUGUGUGACACUGUCCUGGGCUGUGUGUGACACCCUGUGCUGUGCAGAGUGUGACACCCUGUCCUGGGCUGUGUGUGACACUGUCCUGGGCUGUGUGACACCCUGUCCUGUGCAGAGUGUGACACCCUGUGCUGGGCUGUGUGUGACACCCUGUGCUGGGCUGUGUGUGACACUGUCCUGGGCUGUGUGUGACACCCUGUGCUGGGCUGUGUGUGACACUGUCCUGGGCUGUGUGUGACACCCUGUGCUGUACAGAGUGUGACACUGUGCUGGGCAGAGUGUGACACCCUGUCCUGGGCUGUGACACUGUGCUGGGCUGUGUGUGACACCCUGUGCUGGGCAGAGUGUGUGCUCUGUGUCCUGGACAGUCUGUGACACCCCAUCCUGGACAGUCUGUGUGACACCCUGUCCUGUGCAGAGUGUGUGCUCUGUGUCCUGGACAGUCUGUGACACUGUGUCCUGUGCAGAGUGUGACACUGUGUCCUGUGCAGAGUGUGACACUGUCCUGUGCAGAGUGUGUGCUCUGUGUCCUGGACAGUCUGUGACACUGUGUCCUGUGCAGAGUGUGACACCCUGUGCUGUACAGAGUGUGACACUGUCCUGUGCAGAGUGUGACACCCUGUGCUGGGCAGAGUGUGUGCUCUGUGUCCUGGACAGUCUGUGACACCCCAUCCUGGACAGUCUGUGUGUCACCCUGUCCUGUGCAGAGUGUGUGCUCUGUGUCCUGGACAGCCCAUGGAACUCCAUGUCCUGUACAGUCCCCUUGUGUCACAUCCUGUACAGCCUGUGUGCAUCGUGUCCUGUACAACCCAUGGAACUCCGUGUCCUGUCCUUUCCUGUACUCCAUUUACAUCAUGUCCUGUCCAUUCCCAUAUCCCAUCCCCUGUCCAUCCCUGUACCCUGUGUCCUGUCUGUCCAUCCCUGUGUCCUGUCUGUCCAUCCCAGUCCCCCAUGUCCUGUCUGUCCAUCCCUGUGUCCUGUCUGUCCAUCCCAGUCCAUCCCUGUCCCCUGUCUGUCCAUCCCCAUGUCCUGUCUGUCCAUCCCUGUCCCCCGUGUCCUUUCUGGCAGCACAGGGGUGACUCCGGAGCUGAGGCUGCUCCUGCAGUCCCCCAGCACCCAGGGGCCUGUGGAGGAAAAGGGGUCACUGCAGUCCAGACUCCAGGGUGUCACUGGGAAUUUAGAGGUGGCACAAGUAUUAACUUUUAACAGUCUUUAUUCUCGGUGUUGUAGUAUCCUUCCCUUUCACACCACCAACUUUUUGGGCUCUCCAGGGGUUUUCAUGGAACAAGUCUGUAGUGUAAAACUAAAAGAUCAUGUUGCAACUUUGUAUAAAAACCAUCUUGCAAAACAAGGGCCUUUUUUUUCUUUGGCUUGGGACUUUUGAGACAAUUCCUAACGUACCUGUAAUUCUUGCUUUUAUAAUUUGUGUUAGCAGAGACUCUGAUGCAUUGGAAAUGUAGAUUUAAUGUGCACUCCUGUGCUUUCUGCCAAGUGGUCAUUCACUCUGGAGUUUUACUAUGUUCAACCUGUAAAUACAGCAGAACGUCAAUAAAUGUCACUUCUGUAGCAA